AUGAGUUUCAAUAAUUGCUUGAAAACCGGGACAUUGCUAAGACGCGCUAUUGUGAGAAACCAUGGAACUUCCACGUCAAUUGGAAUUGAUUCUACCGUCGAGAACAACUUGAAAACCGAAUCGAACCGUUUGUCGAAAACGUUGAACAGGUUUUGGGAAAAAGUGACCAUUGAACAGAAUGAUGGGCAGUUGAAGAUAAGUUUAGAUGGGAAACCAUUGAAAACACCUUUAAGUAAUGAAUUGAGUGUUUCGCAGACACAAGCACCGUUGGCACAUUUUUUGAAAAGAGAAUGGUCGAAUUUAUCAGAUCUAACGAUACGACCUCACUCAUUACCGUUGACGUCAAUCGUGUCUCGUUGCAUAGACUUGACUGCUGUUUCAGACCCCCACUGUGAUCCUGAACUUGUCACCAAAAUUGGAGGUAAUCGAAAUACAAUUUGCCAAGGACUGUUGCGGUAUCUUGAUACUGACACUCUACUGUGCUUUUCUCCCAAGGACGAAUUCGAAGGUGCUCUGCGCAGAGCUCAAGAAAAAGAGUAUAUGCCUUUGAUUCGUGGUGUUGAGCAGUUUUUGUCGCCCUACGUCAAAAAUCCUGUUUCUUUAAAGAUCCUGGAUGCGGAUCUGCAUGGUUUGAGAGGCAAUGCACAGACUCAGGAGACCAAGGAAGCUGCCAUGAAAUUCCUAUCUACUCUUUCGCCAUGGAAUUUGGCCGUUUUUGAGAAAACUGUCCUCACGACCAAAUCUUUCAUCUGCGGUUUGCUAUUAAUCCUGAACAAGACUUAUAUUCCGAGCGCAGCUUUGAAAGUAUCAAUGGAACAGGUCGCUAGGUUAGCUACCCUUGAAACCAUAUAUCAGACGGAAAGGUGGGGCGAGGUCGAAGAUACGCACGACGUAGACAAGCGGGAUGUUAGAAGAAACGUUAAUGCAGCAGCCAUUGCCGCGUACCAAGAAUAA